UCAUAAACUGAACUCGAUUUAACUUUCAAGGUCGAUGGGGCCGUUAUCGUGUGGAUGUUCUUUAUUAUUUUACCUAGAAUGGAUUUAUACAACACGGCUAGGAAAACCAAGCACUUCAUUCUAACUGCAGCAUUUUUAUUGCUUUGUUUAUCAUCACUUGGAUCCUGUUAUAAUGGUCUUAUUGUGAAUAACAAAGAAGUCCAAAUUCUUGUCGACGGCAUAGAAAACUUUUGUCGGCUGAAAGGUUUCGAAGCUGGCCGAACUGAUGAUGCUUUUUCUUUGUUUUCGGGAUUAUCCUUUGAACCAUCAUUUCUGGAUUUCGGUGAACAACCCUUUUCUUAUCCAAAAUAUGUUGAAGUCACCAUCACCAACAUUGAUGCUGACCAGUCGAUUGAUCUCGUCACUACUUUCGGAGUUUCUCAGUUCAUAUUUUGGUCCAUAUUUAACCAGACAGCGCUUUCCCCUGCCUCAUCUGCCAGUUUUAAUGUAACAUUUUUACCCUAUACUGUUGGUGAUUUUGAAACUUCCAUAUAUAUUCAGACGUCAUUAGGUGUUGCAAAAUAUCAGGUAUUCGGAUCCAGCUACAUCAGUGACGAUUAUUUGAUACCUCUUGUCAAUCUCGAAUCUCUGGAUGAAAGAAAAAAGUCAUUCGAAUUAGAACUAGUCAACCCUUUAUCCUGUUCUGUAAAGGUUGACAAUCUGAGAGUAUUUCCUGGUGAACUUCUUACGAACUAUUGCAGCUAUUCCCAAGUCACAUCGAAUUCGACUAGCAUAAAUGAUCUAAUUGAUAAUUAUGCAUUUGAACCCAUAAUACUUCAUUCUUACGAGAAAAAAAGUUUAUUGAAAACAACUAUUGAUGCGGAUGACGCAAAAUUGAUCCAAAUUUCAAGUUUACUUUGGGAGUUUGAUCAUCACCGCAAACCUGAUCAAAUAUGUUCUGGAGGUUCAACUAACGAUGUGGGUUUCUUGAGCCCAGCAAAUAAAUUUUCGAAGUUACCAGCUGCAUUGAUUUCAGUCAAUGAAUUUCCCAAUCAAGUUCUGUACUCACGUGUCAGCCUUCUGUAUCUUGGUGUUAUCAACAGUCCAUCUGAUUCCAUUUCUAAACCAAUAGAAGUUUUAUUUCUCGGUAAUCAGCUACUUGAAGUCACAAGUAUUGAAGCCAAUAUCUAUGAUGAAGCUUUAUCAAUUAAUAUUGCAGAAAAAUUUAUUGCACCGCGUACUACGAUUCCAAAAACUAUUGCCAUUGUAACACUUUCAUCGGCACAUUUAUCUUACAGUUAUUAUUUAUCUGGCAUAAUUACUGUAUUCACCAAUGAUAAAUCUAUUUAUUUACGUAUACCUUUCUUUGGUCGACUUGUUCAUGGUUCACUUACAUCAGGUGUUCAAAUAGUGCCGAAUUAUAUAAAUGAGAACAAUCAACAAGAUCUACCUUUUUUAUUUCGUUUUAUGCUAACUAAUCAAUAUGAUUUUACCCUAUUCAUAUCGAAAAUUGAUUUUUUAACUCCGAGUCAUAAAUAUUUACUACAGAUUCAUCAUCGUGUAACUAAUACCGAAAUAAUACCGAAUCAAACGAAAUUGAUUAUGAGUAUAUCUAUUGUUGAUAAUAGAAUUACACGUUUGCAUGGUGUAUUUAUUGUGUAUUCGAGUAUAUCCGCUUUUCAUAUACCGUACGAUAUUUAUUCUGGUAAACUUCAUUUUUUCAUCGAUGGUGCACGACACUUACUAGAUGUUUAUUUAUUGGGUACAACAUUAAUUGGUCAGAUACGUAAUCAGUCCGUUACAAUUAUCAAUCAAAAUCCUGUGCCGAUUGAAUUAACGUCAGUUAAUAUAUAUACAGAGUCGGAUAAUAAUACCAAGUGUGAGAUUAUGAAACCAAAGCGUGAAGGUUGCCAACUUUCAGGCCCAUGCGAAAAAUGUACUUUUCAGUUUACUAAAAUCCAAUCAUUAUCAGAAAUAAAUAUCCCAUUUUCAUGGGGUAGUGAAAAUAUUGCUCAACAUAUUAAAGGAUUUAUACAAAUUAAAACAAGAUAUACAGUAAUAGAACAACAAUUUGAAUAUUUCGUAACACGUGGCCUUAUUAACGUGAUACCCAAUCCACUGAUUGUAAAUAGUUUAUUUCCUGGAAAAAUUAUCAUGCAUAAUAUUAUUGUCCAGAAUGCGUAUCCUACAGAGAUCAAUAUAUCUGACAUAAAAUUACAUCGCGUUAUCACAUCUUCAGAUGAUUUUGACAAUCCGAUUUCAUUUAAUAUUAUCCGGUUUUAUAAAAUUAAACAAAACAAGACUAGCAAUGAUACAAAUUCACCUCAUUCAUUCCAACCAAUUCAAUUCACAGCAAAUCAAUCUAGAGUGAUUGGAGUCGUUUAUUUUGACCCAUCUGUGAGUUGCGUUGAUAGAUUUGAAGAUAUUGCUCAAUAUGAUACAGUGUCGGCAACAACAACAACUACUAAUAAUAAUAAUACUACCGAUUCGACUUCAGUUUAUCCUGUCCCCGAUAUAAUUAAACCUGCCGGAGCUAAUAAACCAUUUUGUUAUUGUGGAUUUAAUUUAGAUACGUCCUUAGGAAUGUUAUGGUUGAAGGGUGUUAGAGGAACUGUCAAUCAAUCUUUAGAUAAAAUCAUUCAUCAAUCACCUGUAAAUCGUCUAAUAAUUGAAGAAACAUUUAAACUAUACAAUGAAUUAUACAGUCAAUGGUUAAAGCAUUCAAUAAAUAAAGAUAUUACCUCUAAACGUACUUUUAUGGAAAAAAAUAUCUUAACAUCUAUAAGUUAUGAACUGCCUGAUGAAAAUAUAACAUUUUUUAGUGAUUUAUCUGUUCGAUACAUGUGGCCGCUUAUAACUAGUACUCGAAAGGUUCCUAUAGAUGUAUCAAAUAAACACUUAACAUUUUGUACAAUCAAAAAUGUCCCCUCUUCAUUAUCAGUAUCGUCAGAAUCAGAGAAUCGAUCUUUACCCACUCAUCGUUUGCUGCAAAUACCAACAGUAACAUCAUCAUCGUUACCGUCGUCGUCAGAAGAAACAAAUUCAUUUGAAUGUAUUUUUCAAAUAACGAAUCCUCAAUCAACGAUAAAUCCGUUAUUUGUUCAACCGAUAUUAUGGAAUGAAAUAUAUAAAAAUUAUGCUACAAAUGAAUCGGAAUUAAAUCACUUAAAAGAGCUGAUUACAAAUAUUUCGGAGGAUUCAACAUCCAUCGAUUCAUUAUUCACAACACAGUAUGGAAAAUUUUCUAUUCAACCAUUUUUAUGUUCUGGUUGUCAUCUAAUCGAUCAUUCUAUCAAUUUGACAUAUCCUCCAAGUUAUAUUUUACCAUCAAAUGGCAGUGGACAAUAUUUUCGCUUAAUAUUUACACCAUAUCAAAAUAUGUUUGAAUUAUUAAAUCAGAAUAAGGUGAACAAUAAAAAUACUAUACAUAGUCUAUUAUUAAUACGAAAUAAUUUAACUUCAAUAGAACCUUUAUGGUUAGAACUUCAUUUUGGUAGGAUUGGUUUAACACUUGGCAAAUUGUCAACUACAAAAGCAAUAUCCAAACUGACAAAAUCGAUUAGCGCUUUCGUUAGUAAAUUUGAAAAUGAUCACAGUAAUAGUAGACAUUCUAUUUUACCUAAUAUGGAUCUAUAUAUUCGUAAUGUACCACCUAGUAGUAGUAGCAGUAGUAGUAGUAGUAGUAGUAGUAGUAGUAGUAGUAGUAGUACCACUAAUGGAUUCACUCAAUUGAAGGAUAACUUAAUUUCUUCAUUCAAAAUUGACCAAACACUUUAUGAUAUUGACUUGGAUUUUACUAGUCUAUUCAAUAACAAAGCAAAGAAGAUUCACCAAGAUUUAUCAUUAACAUUCGAAUUCACUGAAAAAACUAUUGGAACAUUUUGUGAACCUCCUAAAGCAAAAUCGACAGGUAAUUUACCUUCUCCACUUAAAUCUAAGCAUCAGAAACAAUCAAGUGAUUCUAAUCAUUUUGCUGAUAUUGACAAUCAUCAAGGUUUAUUAACAACUCUUUCAUUACGACGACGAUUAGUACUACAUAAUACUGGACAAGUAACUUUGAGUAUAUUUAUGCUAAGCCUUUUACCAUCAAUGAAUGUUAGACAGAAAUUCACUGAAAACUUUCCACUAACUAGUAAUUCAUCAAUAUCUACAUCUUAUUCUUGGUUAUAUUCACAUGUAUCAUGUAAUUUAAAUGGUUUUAAAUUAGAUCCAUGUAUACUACCACCUACAGCAAUGACAACAGCAAAGAUGAUGAGUAUUAAUGAUUCUGAUGAGAAUAAUAGUUCUAAUAUUGUUACACUUCUACCAGGUCAACAGAUUAUCAUUGAACUACGACAUUAUCCAGAUUUUACGCAUACUUUUUUGACAGCAGAUUUAAUUAUUCAGUUAUAUCCAGCAUUAUUUCAAUCGAAUAUUCUCCAAUGGUGGGAUUUACACCAAUCAAACAAAACAGAUGACAGUCAUACCUUAUUAAUUGAUCUACCCAAGAUUUCACUACAAGCUAGUUUUAAUGCAAAUCUUUUAGGCUCAUGUCUUAGUUUAUUGCCUAGACCAUCAAUUGAAUCAUUUCUAUCGAUGACGGUCUUUCUAUUCUAUUUAUUCAAUAUCACUGUAAUACUUAUCAUAUCAUAUGGAGAUGCUAAGGAAUUAUAUACACGUCAUAUUAAAUUACGACAUUACAUAGAUGGACUACCGGAAAAUGUACUUUCAGAUUCUUCAAAGCGAUUUAAUUUGAAUCAACCAAAUGAUAAAUUAUGUAUCAAUUGUUGUACAAACGAUAAAAACUUAUGUAAUCCUUCCACUCGAGAGUUAAUUACCACAUCCAAUUCUCAAUUAUCAUAUUCAACAAUUACAACACCAAGUACUUCUAUACUAAUGAAAAAGCAAUUAACAAAUAAUACUGUUGAAAAUGAUGAAAUUUCUACAUUAAAUUAUACUAUAACAGGAACAAAACUUAGAUGGAAAGAUAAAAUUAAUUCAGAUGAACAAAAAUUAAAACGUCAAAUAUUAUCAACAAGAUCAAAUUGGAUGAAUUAUUUCCAAUGGUUAUUAGGAUUAUUAUUUAUUAUUAAAUAUAUUAGUUUACAUUGGAUUUUAAUUAUCAUUAAAUAUCCAUAUAAAACAGUAAAAAUGUAUAUUAUAUAUUUGGGAAAAUUCAAAGAUUGGUUAAUAUCAAGCUUAAAUUUACAUUCAUUUUAUUAUGGUUAUUUUCGUUGUAUUCGUCAAUCGUCAUCAGAUAUUAUAAAUGUUACUAAUGAUAAUAUUCAUUCAACUCCAUUAUUAAGUCGACUCUCAUCAAAUGAUACAAUGAUAAUCAAUAAAAAAAAUUUAUUCGGCUUAUCGAAACAAUCAUCAGCUGAUGAAAUUAAAAAUCAGAAAGCAUCUUUGAAAUCAUUCUCAAAAAACUUGACAAAAUUAACUAAUCAAACAUCAGACAAAGCGAGUACGUCACGAGUAAAUCGCAAAAAGAAAACAAUGGUCCCAUUAGUUGAAAUCUCAAAGCCAUCAGGAUUUAAUGCUAAUGCAUCAGAUGAUCAUUCCAACUCAUCAAAUCGUUCUCGUUUUACAAAAAUCGAAUCUGCGUCACCACCGCCACCAGCAGCAGCACCUUCAACAUCAACGACGGUAGUCAAUAAAGACGCUUCUCCACCGCGUAUGGCAGAAGCUGAUAUUGUUGCCGCUGUUCAGGCGUCUAUUCGACUAACUGAAGAUGUCAAUAAUAAUCAUCAUCACGAAAUACGUCGGAAACAAGCCCAACGUAUCUCUUCACGUAAAAAGUGUUAUAACUCUUCCUCACCAUCCUCUGCAUCUGGACCUGAUGUGGAUGAUGACAAUAAUAAGAGUAAGCUAGAUCGUGUAAUGAAUGUGUUUUAUCAAAACGAUAAUUCACCAGCCCAUUUAAACUACCAAUCAGAUACAAUCGACAAAAUAUCAUCCCCAUCUACUGCUGACAAUCAACGUGUUGUAAAUCAUCGAAAUAAAAAAGAAACUUCAAUAUCAGCUGUUCCAAGACUGCCACAUACAAAACAACCUACAGAUGAAUACAAUGAAUUUACAGUUGAACGGUGUGUCACCUCACAAGAAAGUUUGGAAACUACUAACCAUAUAUCAAUCUCAUCUUCACUGAUUCCAUCUAAUGAAUCGGAUAAGUCCGUUAAUCAUCCAUAUCAAUCGCUUGAUACAGUUAGUAACAGUGAAUUAUUCGAUUGGCCUGAAACUAUUGAAACUUGUCCCAACCAAAUGGCGAGGAUGCAUCAUUAUGCCAUUAAUGAUCAAUAUCCAUUGACAAUCCAUCCUGUAUGGAGCGGAGCUGUUACUGAGUCGGCCAAAUGUUGGAACCAACCAUUGUUACAUUCAGAUGAAAUGUUAUAUUCGAGUGAUUCACAUGAUGAGGCAAUGAAUCGUUUAUCGGAAGUAACGCAUACAUUUGCACAAUCAUUUCUGACUGAACCAAUUGAUCCAUCAUUAUCAUCUUUUCAUCCACAAUUUAUAUCACCCCAAUUCGAAACAAACCAUUUUAUUCAACCAACUGGUAUUUAUGAACAUGGAUUAAAAGAUUAUUUCAGUCAGAAUAAAUUUAUGUUAAACGAUAAUAUUUAUUCAGGUAUUUGGAACACUGUAAAGGAGAACGACAAUAAUCAAAGUUAUCUGUCUACUGAAAAUCCACCCGAAUAUCUGUCGUCAAAUGAUCUUGUUGGACAGGACUUUCUACAGUCUGAUUAUUCUUGUGAUUACCAUGUAAACAAAAUUACAGUUGAAAAUGCUUUUAACACUACUUUACCAAUUAUCUGUUCACUAAUUCAAUGUAAUGAUGAUAUAACAAAUAGUUGUACCGCAUUGCAAUCAUCAAUAAUUUUCCCUACAAAUACAGACAAAUUAGAUACUCCUGUAAUUACUCAGAUAUUUCUCAAUGCUUUGCGUACAGCACAUCGUCAAAAUAUUGAUGAAACCAAUCCAUCUUAUCAUUAUACUAAUUCCACUGAUAUACAUAUUGCAAAUUCAACUGUUAACUUGUCAUCCGAAAAUACUAUUCCAGAUUACUAUACAAAUGAUGAUAAUAAUGACACAAUGAGAAUCGAUUGCAAUCCACAUGAUAGUAGUCGAAUAAGUUUUUAUGAAUUAUUACGAAUCACUGAAAGUAGACGUUUAUCUGUAUUAAACUAUGAAGCCCAAAUGAACAGUUCUAUUGAAGAAAAGAGGGAAAUAAAAGAAGAGUAUUUCGAUUUAGUACCAAAUCCUUUGAAGACCAAAGGACUUAGUGACAACCAAAUAACCCCCAAAGAGUUGUGUAGUUAUUCUUCAUGGAAAUCUAUUAUAGAUAUACCACAAUCUGAAUUGUUUCAGGAAUUAGGACUAUCGAAAACCACAUCUGAACAGUUUAACUUUGUAUCGACUGGUUUUAUGAAUUAUGAGAAUACGUCCAAUGAAUCAUCUGCUAUUGCUCCAUGGACAUAUAUUUUCGAAAAAGUAAUCAAAAGAAUAAAUGAUAUAGAUAGUAAUCAGGAUUCUUCGUUAAAUUGCGAUAAACCUUCCUCUUCUCUUUCUUUUUCUACUACGAUUACCCCCACUGAUAUGAUUGAAUAAAUCAAGCUAAGUAAAACAGAAAUUCAAAGUUUGAGUGUACAUGACACAGAGAAGGGGAUGUAUUAUUUUUCAAUGAUAUUAGAAUUGAAACAUUCUCUUCUUUUUUUAUAAAACUUGGACGCCUUUUUUAGAGAUUUAUUUUUGUUACUUAUUCAUAUUUUUUCUUGUCCUUUGAGAGCUUAUUCUUUAACAUGUCACGAUUAGUUUUUUCGCCGUAUUUUCUUUGUUUUCUCUCCCUCUAGUCUUACAUCUUGUUUUGUUUUUGAAAAGAAUAUAUGGGCAUCCAUUGUACUCAAGUUUAUAUUUAUACAUCCUAUAUAUAGACGUAUAUAUCAGAGAUAGAAAAAUAUAUAACCUGUCAGAGAUAG